AAUUCAGCUCCUAUAAAUCGAAACCCCCAAUCACGCCUUCUUCAUCCACAGUUUCAUUCCAAACAAUCCGAAAUCUCUCUAAUCAGUCAGACCUUCGAUCCCAAGUUUUCGUCCCAGCUUCUUAAGAUGCAGAUCUUUGUGAAGACCUUGACUGGAAAGACGAUCACCCUCGAGGUUGAGAGCAGCGACACCAUCGACAAUGUCAAGGCGAAGAUCCAGGACAAGGAAGGUAUUCCCCCAGAUCAGCAGAGGCUGAUCUUUGCCGGAAAACAGCUCGAGGACGGGAGGACUUUGGCCGACUACAACAUCCAAAAGGAGUCGACCCUUCACCUGGUUCUCCGUCUCAGGGGAGGUAUGCAGAUCUUUGUGAAAACCUUGACUGGAAAGACUAUCACUCUCGAGGUUGAGAGCAGUGACACCAUUGACAAUGUCAAAGCGAAGAUCCAGGACAAGGAAGGUAUUCCCCCAGAUCAGCAGAGGCUGAUUUUUGCCGGCAAACAGCUUGAGGAUGGAAGGACCUUGGCCGACUACAACAUCCAAAAAGAGUCGACCCUUCACCUGGUUCUCCGUCUCAGGGGAGGUAUGCAGAUCUUCGUGAAGACCUUGACUGGCAAGACAAUUACUUUGGAGGUCGAGAGCAGCGACACCAUUGACAAUGUCAAGGCAAAGAUCCAGGACAAGGAAGGGAUUCCCCCAGAUCAGCAGAGGUUGAUCUUUGCUGGAAAGCAGCUUGAGGAUGGGAGGACUUUGGCUGAUUACAACAUCCAAAAGGAGUCAACCCUUCACCUUGUUCUCCGUCUCAGGGGUGGUAUGCAGAUUUUUGUCAAGACAUUGACUGGGAAAACCAUUACCCUGGAGGUGGAGAGCAGUGAUACCAUCGACAAUGUCAAGGCAAAGAUCCAGGACAAGGAAGGGAUUCCUCCAGAUCAGCAGAGGCUGAUCUUCGCUGGAAAACAGCUUGAGGAUGGGAGGACUUUAGCUGAUUACAACAUUCAGAAGGAGUCCACUCUCCAUCUGGUCCUCCGUCUGAGGGGAGGUAUGCAGAUCUUUGUGAAGACUUUGACUGGGAAGACUAUCACCCUGGAGGUGGAGAGCAGCGAUACCAUCGACAAUGUCAAGGCUAAGAUCCAGGACAAGGAAGGCAUUCCCCCAGAUCAGCAGAGGCUGAUCUUUGCAGGGAAGCAGUUGGAAGAUGGGAGGACUCUUGCUGAUUACAAUAUUCAGAAGGAAUCUACCCUUCAUCUUGUCCUGCGAUUGAGGGGAGGCAUGCAGAUCUUUGUCAAGACCCUCACUGGGAAGACUAUCACCCUGGAGGUGGAGAGCAGCGAUACCAUCGACAAUGUCAAGGCCAAGAUCCAGGACAAGGAAGGCAUCCCACCGGACCAGCAGAGGCUGAUCUUUGCAGGGAAGCAGUUGGAAGAUGGAAGGACCCUGGCGGAUUACAAUAUCCAGAAGGAGUCUACCCUCCACCUUGUCCUUCGUCUCCGCGGUGGCUUCUAAGGGUGCUUGCUCUAUCUGGUGUCUUGAUGGUUGAGAUUUCUAGACUGUUUUAAGUAUUCUGGUUUCGAUGGAUUGGUUGGAUCCAAGGAUUAUGUUCUGUUCCUGUUUUCCAGUACAAUGUUUGGCCAUGGUGAUGGCCUUCGAACUAUGAUGUCUGCUGGUUUUGCUUUUCUUUGAAUAAUGACGAUUCCCUCCUUCGAUCUCUUUGUUACUUUUGUUGGCCUGCCAUUUUAUUGCACUGGAAUGGAUGUAAACUAAGCUUUCUCGGCUGCAGGGGAUUGUUCUAGUAAG